AUGGCCUAUCGCUAUGAUCCCUAUGCCUCUACACCAGCCGGAGCUCAAGGGGGAGGUUCAUCCUCCUACCCACCACCACAGCAACAACACCCCGGUGGCAACCCGGGAUACGGCGGCGGCAACAACUACGGUGGAGCAGGAGCAGGAGGAGGAGGAGGAUAUCCCCACCCUGCUAGUGCGCCAGGACAGGGUUACAACGACCCUUCUUCGGGCGUGGCUUCGAUGAUACCCCAGACUGGACCGACGAGGACGCAGCAUGGGUAUGGGCAUCAUCAACCACAGGCUCAUCAGGCGGCUUAUUCACCCUCACGAACUGCUGGGAAGAGUGCGAUCGAAUCGAGUGAGAGAGGGUGGGGUCCUUCUUCAUCGCCUCCGAGGAGGUUAUCGAAUUCGAUCAGUGCAAGUGGUCCGAGGUCGGGAUAUGAAGAUGACGGCGCGUAUUACGAAGGUGGUUCGGGCUCGUCAAGGGGAGACGGAGGGGGGUCGUAUCGCGGUGAUCGAGGGAGAGCGGGAUCGAUGGGACGGGGUGGGAGGGGCAGGGGUGGGGGGGUGGAGGAUAUGGUGGCAGUGGUGGGCCACCGUCGAGGAGGGAUUACGAUGAUCCGAGUGAGUACCCGCUUUCGAGCUUCAGACUGCGUAAUCGCGUCGACGUAUGGAACGACGGUGAUUUCAUCCCCAACUUCGAGCUCGGCUUUCUCAACAUUCAUCGAUAAGCGAAGGGGACACGAUCACUCUAAGCCUCAACAAUAACUGGGUGGCUUGGUGUCUUCAAGGAACGAAAGGGAUAAGGGUCGGAUCGAUCGGGCGAACCUCCAAAGAAAGCGCAAAGAGAAAGCCGAAAGCAGCGAACGAGCAUCAUUUCUACACCGGCCAGAGCCACCCUUUAAUCUCCGGAAAACACCGAAAGCUUACUCUAAGCCCUUGAACCAUUCUCUCUCGAUAAUCCCUCAUGACCAGAUCGCUUCGUCCGUCGCCCCGACUUUGAUUCCGUCAUUGACGAACGCGUGUCCCGCGAACGCCCCUGUCGAACCCUCUUCAUCCGUAACGUCAAGUUCGGUACGGACGUACAAGACAUUCGGGACUUGUUCGAGCCUAUUGGACAUAUCAAGACGCUAUUUGAUAUGUUGGACAAGAGGGGGAUGGUGUUUUUGACUUAUGUGAGUUGGCUUUGACGACGAAGAGGACUUGCUUCUUUCCUCAGUUCUGACUCUGGCUCCCUUUCGAGACAGUUCGACCUCCGAGCAGCGAUGAUGGCCAAAGACAAAUUGCACGAAAAGCGUCUCUCCGGCCGUCCGAUCGAUGUACACUAUAGCCUCCUCAAAGAUUCCGACCUAGAGAAAACCUGCGAUUCGGACAAGAACCAAGGCUCUUUAUCCCUUCACGUCGUUGGUGCUAGGGGACCUGUGGAUGAAAGAGAGAUCCACGCAAGGUUUGGAGUGUUUGGCGAGAUCAAACAUGUUGUGGCUUCAGCUGCUAGAGGAGGGGGAAGACAGGGUUCGACUUUGAUUGAGUUCUUUGAUUCGCGGGUCAGUCUCAGGGGAAAAUCACUGGCCAUCGAAAUGGCACUGAUUCGACUUCAAUCUACCGCAGGCUAUGGAACGUGCGUACCACGAAAUGAAUGGUCAACCCAUGGCAGGAGGCACGAUCGAGCUCCGUUACGAAUGGGAUCUCACGACCAUGUCAGUCCUCUCCAAAAACCCUUGCCCUCUCCACAUCCUCCCACUGAACGGCUUCCCCCUCUUGAACACAGGCAUCCCGCCCCCUCUACCGAACUCCACACGCCGCGCCCGAACCUACCCCCAUCCCGCUCCCGAACCGAUCGCUCAGAUCAGGAUCCUUACACCCGCGAUGGUAGACCACAGAGGGAUCAUCGAAAAAGCUCUCGGGAAUACUCACCCCCUGCUCGAAGGAAUUACGGCUCGGAAGGGUCGUACCCUUCUGGAGGGACGGGUCAUCAUCAAGGUUAUGGAAGUGGUGCUCCUUCAGCUUCGGCGACGACGGCUCUACCGGAUCAAUUGGAACAGGCGAGGAAGAUGCAAGCUUUGUUGGCCACUCUCACCGCUGCGAACAAUGCCGCUGCCGCUGCUACGGGUGGGGCAGUUGCACCAGCACUGUCAGCUCAGGGUGCUCUUCCCCCACCAGCAGGGUUUUAUCUCCCCCCACCUCCGGGAUCGACGAUAAAUCCGAAUCCUUAUACCGCUGGUCCAACACCAGCCUACCCAGUGUAUGGGAAUCAGUACGGCCCUGGUUCGAUCGCGCCACCACCUCAAGGAGGUCCCACAUCGGCCUCGACAGGGCAAUAUGGGAACGGUCCUUUGGCCACGGCGGGGGUUCAUCAUUCGUCCCCUCCACCACCUCAAGGUCAAAGCCAGGGUCAAGCAGGGAGGGUUUCCUACCCUCCUUCCCAACAACAGCCUACGACGAGUUCGUCGGCGCACGCACAGCCGAACGGUAGCUCUUCCCUCCCUCCUGCCUUGGCCGCUCUACUCAAAUCGAAUGGUAACGCGCAGACGAACUCGAACUCGAAUACGAAUUCGGGAGCAGGUGGGAAGAUCGGAUCUGGACCUGAUGCGAUGUCGGGUCAGGCGCCGGGUCAGGGUGAUUUGAAUAGUUUGUUGGCAUUGUUGGUGAGUUGA